UUUUGAUGGUCUUUUUCUAACAGGCUUCACUGAAAACAGAUCCUGCAAGUUCCAGGUGCCUACGCUGGAAACUUGGAGAUCCUGCCUCCUGCUUCCCAGGCCACAGUUGUGGGGAACUUGGGGUGAAGCAGGGAAGUUUCUGUAUUCAGCUGCCCAGGCAGAGGAGAAUGGGGUCUCCACAGCCUGAAGAAUGAAGACACGACAGAAUAAAGACUCAAUGUCAAUGAGGAGUGGACGGAAGAAAGAGGCCCCUGGGCCCCGGGAAGAAUUGAGAUCGAGGGGCCGGGCCUCCCCUGGAGGGGUCAGCACGUCCAGCAGUGAUGGCAAAGCUGAGAAGUCUAGGCAGACGGCCAAGAAGGCGCGAGUAGAGGAAGCCUCUACCCCAAAGGUCAGCAAGCAGGGCCGGAGUGAGGAGAUCUCAGAGAGUGAAAGUGAGGAGACCCAUGCACCAAAGAAGACCAAAACGGAGCAGGAGCUCCCCCGGCCCCAGUCCCCCUCGGAUCUGGACAGUCUAGAUGGGCGGAGCCUCAAUGAUGAUGGUAGCAGUGACCCGAGGGAUAUAGACCAGGACAACCGAAGCACGUCCCCCAGCAUCUACAGCCCUGGAAGCGUGGAAAAUGACUCCGACUCGUCUUCCGGCCUGUCCCAGGGCCCGGCCCGCCCCUACCACCCGCCUCCACUCUUCCCUCCCUCCCCCCCACCGCCAGACAGCAACCCUCGACAGCCAGAGCCUGGUUUUGAAUCCCACCCUUCUGUGACACCCACUGGAUAUCAUGCUCCCAUGGAGCCCCCCACAUCUCGAAUGUUCCAGGCUCCUCCUGGGGCCCCUCCGCCUCAUCCACAGCUCUACCCUGGGGGUGCUGGUGGAGGAGUUUUGUCUGGACCCCCAAUGGGCCCCAAGGGGGGAGGGGCUGCCUCUUCAGUGGGGGCCCCUAGUGGCGGUAAGCAGCAACCCCCACCCACUACCCCCAUUUCAAUAUCGGGCUCUGGGGCUGGGGGCGCUCCCCCAACAAAGCCAUCAAACGCUCCAGUGGGUGGUGGAAACCUACCCUCUGCACCACCACCAGCCACCUUCCCACAUGUGACACCAAACCUGCCUCCCCCACCUGCUUUGAGGCCCCUGAACAAUGCAUCAGCCUCUCCUCCUGGCCUGGGAGCCCAGCCCCUACCUGGGCAUCUGCCCUCUCCCCAUGCCAUGGGGCAGGGUAUGGGUGGACUUCCUCCUGGCCCAGAAAAGGGCCCCACUCUCUCUUCGUCGGCCUCUGCCUCCCAGUACCCGGCCUCCCAGGCCCUGCCCAGUUAUCCCCACUCCCUCCCGCCCCCCACAAGCCUCUCCGUCUCCAACCAGCCGCCCAAGUACACCCAGCCUUCGCUCCCGUCCCAGGCUGUGUGGAGCCAAGGCCCCCCUCCACCUCCUGCCUAUGGCCGCCUCCUCGCCAACAACAAUGCCCAUCCAGGCCCCUUCCCUCCUGCUGGAGGCCAGUCCACUGCCCACCCCCCUGCCCCCCCACAUCACCAUCACCACCAGCAGCAGCAGCAGCAGCAGCCACCACAGCAGCAGCAGCCGCCUCCUGGGAGCUCCGGGCACUGCUCUUCUGAUUCCUUUUCUCCCGGUAUCCCACAGAAGUUGGCUCAGGAGGGCCGUGCUCCAGUGGAGUGUCCGUCUCUCGGCCCAGUGCCCCAUCGCCCUCCAUUUGAGCCGGGCAGUGCUGUGGCUACAGUGCCCCCCUACCUGGGUCCUGACACUCCAGCCCUGCGCACACUCAGUGAAUAUGCCCGGCCUCACGUCAUGUCUCCUGGCAACCGCAACCAUCCGUUCUACGUGCCCCUGGGGGCGGUGGACCCGGGACUCCUGGGUUACAAUGUCCCAGCCCUGUACAGCAGUGACCCAGCAGCCCGGGAGAGGGAGCGAGAAGCCCGAGAAAGAGACCUCCGUGACCGCCUCAAGCCCGGCUUUGAGGUGAAGCCCAGUGAGCUGGAGCCCCUACACGGGGUCCCUGGGCCCGGGCUGGACCCCUUCCCCCGCCAUGGAGGCCUGGCUCUGCAGCCUGGCCCCCCUGGCCUGCACCCGUUCCCGUUCCACCCGAGCCUGGGGCCGCUGGAGAGAGAGCGCCUGGCGCUGGCGGCGGGGCCCGCCCUGCGGCCCGACAUGUCCUACGCGGAGCGCCUGGCCGCCGAGAGGCAGCACGCGGAGAGGGUGGCAGCCCUGGGCAACGACCCGCUGGCCCGGCUGCAGAUGCUCAACGUGACCCCCCACCACCACCAGCACUCCCACAUCCACUCGCACCUGCACCUUCACCAGCAGGAUGCCAUCCACGCAGCCUCUGCCUCAGUGCACCCUCUCAUUGACCCCCUGGCCUCAGGGUCUCACCUUACCCGGAUACCCUACCCAGCUGGGACCCUCCCCAACCCCCUUCUUCCUCACCCUCUGCACGAGAAUGAAGUUCUUCGUCACCAGCUCUUCGCUGCUCCUUACCGGGACCUGCCAGCUUCCCUCUCUGCCCCGAUGUCAGCAGCUCACCAGCUGCAGGCCAUGCACGCACAGUCGGCUGAGCUGCAGCGCCUGGCGCUGGAGCAGCAGCAGUGGCUGCAUGCCCAUCACCCGCUGCACAGUGUGCCGCUGCCUGCCCAGGAGGACUACUACAGUCACCUGAAAAAGGAAAGUGACAAGCCACUGUAAACCUGCAAUCAAGAGAACACCCAAGUGUGCAUCUGGAUCUUGGAAGUCUCCCUCCUGGCCUGCCACCCAGAGCGAGGAGGGGUGCUGCUCAGUUGCAGGGCCUCAGCAGCUGGGCAGAGGGAGGGAGGAAGGGACCGAUGGGAAACCGAGGCUCCUGUGGUGUGCAGAGGUGGGGAGGUAGGGGGGUGGGGGCAGAAAGCGCGCAGUAUCUUGGACCAGGUCCCUCUUUUUGUCCCCCUGCUUUCUUCCUGUCCCAUGCCCAGCCCCUGUGGCCACCGCCCCUCCCCGCCCCGUUGGUGUGAUUAUUUCAUCUGUUAGAUGUGGCUGUUUUUGCGUAGCAUUGUGUGCCACCCCCUGCCUCUUCCCAAUCCCUGUGUGCGCGCCCCCCUCUGCAAUGUAUGCCCCUUGCCCCUGCCCCACAUUAAUAAUUUAUAUAUAUAAAUAUCUAUAUGAUGCUCUUUAAAAACAUCCCAACCAAAA